UAUAUAUGAAAUGUUAAUUCUCUUUCUAUAUUAUAACUAAAACACGUAUAUCGACUCAACAUGUCACAUAAUUCGACAGCCAUUCCGGUCUCAGAUAUCUUCGACUGGCAAAGAGAUACGAUCCCAGAUUUUGUGACGCUGUCGCUGUACAUUAUAAUAGGUCUAGUUGGAAACACUAUAGUUAUUCUAGUUUACAAAUUUCAUAUAACCAAGGCAUCCGAAGAGAGAUAUUUCAUACCAGUACUAGCACUAGCAGACCUUAUAGCAUGCGUUGUAAGCUCCUCGCUUGGAAUAGUUUGGAACUACCACCAAGAAAACUUUACAAAUGUAGCGCUAUGUAAGAUAGUGUACUAUUUCAUGGGAAAUACAACCUAUAUGUCUAUUUUCUUAUUGCUUUGCAUUGCAGUUCAAAGAUACUUGAAAAUAUGUCGGAAGCGUACUUUGAGUUUACGAUGUAGGCGCAUUAUGAUUUUUAUAUGUUUACUGUGUGCAGUAUGCUUUACUAUACCGCUCUGUUUAACAUACGGAAUUGUACAUUUCAAGAACAAUGGACAUGUGAUAACAUCGCACUGUAGUAAGUUAAAAUACGGUAACAAAAUAUUUGGCGCCCUUUACGGCAUUGUUGUGUCUUCGUUUAUUUUCCUUGUGUAUUUAUCUUUCAUAUUUUUAUAUGGGAAGAUUGGAUAUGCGAUUUACCAUCACUUUAAAACACAUCAGUUCAAGCAUACACAAACACAUUAUCCAAAAGAUUCAACGCCAACAACUUCCAAACCGAGCAAAAGUGAAGAAUCCUAUGAGGAUCGUUCACAAUCGGAAAACAGUGAGAUGGGUAACAAUCUUACGUUCCAAACAUUUGGGGAUACUAACAAAGUCCAUGUCAGAAAAUCGUCGUUACACGACAUGAUAUCCGACAAAAAUCUGAAGACGAAAGGUUUACAGAACAUUGCGUUCCCUGAUGUAGACCUGGUCAGAUUUCAAAAGAUUAAAAAUAAAUCGAUGACGGUAGACUUCCGAACAGUUGAUAAUGGAGUUAUGACAGACGACCAAUCUAUUGACUCGCUUCAAAUCACGUGCCCAAUGUCAGACGUAUCUUCAGACUCUCUUUCAACUACAAAAACCUAUUCAACAACUAUAUCAAAACCAUCAAAGAAGAAACACCGCAAACGGAAGCGGAGCAGACGUCUAAUGAACAAAUUCUCUUUCAUGUUUAUGAUAGUUACAACAGUAUUUCUUAUAUGCUUCAUUCCUGUUUCAACUAUUUUAACCUUGGAAGGAUUCUAUCCAGACUUCUGGGAAAAACUAUCAAGUUCACAGGUCAAUAUAGUGAUUUGGUUGUAUCGAACAUUCAUCAUAAACAAUAUAUCAAACCCGCUGAUUUAUGCUUUUAUGGAUAUUGAAUUUCGUAAUGCAGCAAAAAAGCUUUUUAAACGAUGCUGCGGCACGAUGUGAAAAAUGAAUGUGUUAUUUUUGGGAUAAUAUCUGACUCUUAGUUCUUUAAAAUCAUCCUUAUUAACUAACUGCAACAUAAUGAUCUAUGUUGUAUAACAUUUAUAUGUAGAU